AUGGACUUUGACCCGAAUUCGGUGAAAUGGCAAUGUUGUUGUUGCUCUCUGCCUUCAGGUGAGAUUUUUCUCCGAGUUUAUUUAAAAUCGACUUUUUAUUUAUUCUAGUCAAGCCAUACCCGAAAAAGUUGAACUAAAGCGCAGAGCACGUCAUUAUGUUUUACGCUAUUUUUUUUUUCGCACUUAGUUCAAUCCGAAUAACCUUGAAAUGUAUUUCUUAUGGUAACUUGCAAAACAUGCUUAGAAAAAGCACCGAAACUAAACUUAUUCAGUUUCAAUCAUAGCCGCGCGCUGUAUAAUGAUUCUAAAUACCGAAAAAGAAAUGAAAGAGGAUUUGCAUAAAAUGAAUUAAAAGAACUUUUUUGCUUUGACUACUUGUGAUGGUUCUGAAAUACGUCAUAUAUACUCAAGGUAGUGAAAGGGUUCUUUUACGCGAAAACUCCGAGUUUUUUGAAAUUUUAAAAAGUUAAUCAACCUUUUUAAUGGACUAGAAAUUAUUAGAAAGGUCUCAAACGGCAAUAUUUUUAUAUUUUUCGAGCUGACGCUUUCAAGAGGGAUUGGUAGAUAUCCAUGAUCUUAAUCUCGUUUGGACAAAGGUGUUUGUCGAAACUAUUAGAAAAACGUGCAAAUCUUCAGACUGACCUAGGCUCUUACAGGGAUGCGGAUACUUUCGGCUUCGGAGUUCGUUCUGUGCACGGCGACCGCCGCUGUCACCAUCUAUCACAUCUCGCAGACGCCUCAGGUCCGUCUCCAUUUGGCUUGCCUCUGAGAAGAGAAAACUCAGGACGUGACGUAUUUCGAGGUGUGUCUCGUGGGACUUCUUCUCUUCGUUGCGAUCACCUGCGUCCUUCUGAUAGUCGGCGUCCAGAAGCACUCGCCGUCGCUCAUUUACCCUUCCCUAGUUGCCCGAGGGGGCGUUCUCCUCUUCCUUGCCGUGAGUAGCAGGCUGGAAGUUAACUUUCAUUCUGCAGUGGUACUAGAAACCACUUGAUAAGAAUAUUAUGAAAGGCUGUAACAAACUUUCGUUGAGAGACAAUUUCAUUCGUAUGUCGCUUUGCAACUUGAGGCUUUAUUUCGAACUUCGGGCUUGCAGGUAUUUGGAGUGUCGACCAUAGUUUCGCCGCAUCCGCAUCGGUACUCGUCGACGACGACUGUUCUGCAGAACAACGGAAAAUGGGAAGAGCCGAGUUCGAUGUCGCCUGUCAGUCUGAUAUCGCAAGAUUUGCAACUCUCGAGCUUUGCAGCAGGACGAGCCGAACGUGGCGUUGAGGCUCGUGCUUUUCGUUUUCCUCAUGCUCUUCGUGACAGUCCUCGUCUUUUACUGCGCAUAUCUCGUUGUCCGGUGAGCCACAGCUUCUCUUGCUCUCACUGGAUUUCACUCGCAGGUUAAUCCACUACGAGCAAUCUUUUUCGAAAUUGAAGCAACGGCGAGAUUCCUUAAUUCAGGCCGGAAUGAUUGGUUGGAUUUUAGUUAUUCUCCUGGCUAAUAAUAGAUUCAGACCCAGACUAUCCUUCCCGACGCGCUUCGAGCGCCUGA